AUGGCGACCUCGCUGGUGUAUGGCAUGCUCCCCACUCUUGUUCAGAGCCGCAUGCCCCGCUUUUCGUCGCUGCGACGUUCUGUCAAUGACUUUCGAGGACGGCCGGAUCAUACUAGAAGCUCUAGUGAAAAUGCCUGGAGUAGUGGUUCGGACACACCGCCCCCGAGAUACUCGUCCAGACAGGAGAGUCGAGUAUCGGACCGAAUCCCAGCGUUCACUGCAGAUGCCAGCGACUCGGACUUAGACACUUCAACAACGUAUGAGCGGCCAGUGUCGUCCAGUUCUACUCCGCCUGCCUUCACUUUGGCCGAACGGGAGAGUGGAGUCAACUGGAAGUACGCAAACCAAGCAGGUCUACACCUCAUCACCCAAGCCCACCAAGAAUCUUCCUCCCUCACCAAAGAAGGCGACGACGACGGCCUACCGCCCUUCAGCCGUCAGCUAUACAUUCACGGUAUCACAUACGUCCUGCGUGGACUUCCAGCGGAUAUGACACCAGAAGAAAUCUUGAGCAUCCAAGCCGCCAUCCCACCUCACGUUCUUGACCAUCUAGAUCUCGACCCUACAACCCAAGACCUAAUUUCAACCUUGUCCCGUCGCCCUCAGACUCUUCACGAACCUCUAGAAGAAGACCCUUCCGUAAUUCACCGCAUUACCGCAGCCCUGAUCCUCGAGCUCUUCAUAAUCGCGCAAUUCCUCUUGCCCUACGUCAAACUCUUCAUCGGACAUGCAUAUCAAUAUGAGCGCGAGAAUCGCGUCUUCGAGCGUCUGUUCAGCGUAGUUGUGAACACGAUUGAUGAGGUGGGAAGGAAAAGUAUAAGAUUCACGAAUUCGGUGUGUAGCAUGAAUGAUGGGAAGGUUGGGCAAGCGUUGAAUGAUAUGACGGUUUGGUGGGUGCAGGGGGUUACCGGGGGGAUUCACCAGGGUAUUUCCGAAGGAGUGGUUAUUUUGGGGGCAGAUGGGAAGAUCCCAAGGACGAGGAGAAAGGUAAAUGGGCGACGAUAA